GACCAGGCGAGCUUGCGCGUGACGAACAUCUCGGAGGACACGUGCGAGGCGGAUCUGCAGGUGCUCUUCGCGCCCUACGGCCGCAUCGCGCGCAUCUACCUCGCCAAGGACCGCGAGACCAUGGUCUCCCGCGGCUUCGCCUUCGUGUCCUACAUCCACCGCCAGGACGCGGAGCGCGCGAUGGCCGCGCUGCAGGGCCACGGCUACGACCACCUCAUCCUCAAGAUCGAGUGGGCCAAGCCG